AUGUCGACUGAACAACCGAAAAAAACGAUUUCAAUUGGCAUUGAUUUCGGUACAUCCAAAAUUGCCAUUUCAUUUUGUGAUAAAAACCAACACAUUCAAACUGUGACUCUUAACAAUGGAUCAUCGAUCACUCCUGCAUGGCUACGAUUUAUUAGUGACACUCCAAAAUCCAAAAUGUCUUUUGUUGUUGGCGAACAGGCUAAAUACCCCAAAGACCAACUGAAAUACGAUGACACAUUUUACAACAUCAAGCGCUUUCUAGGUAAAACAUUUGAAGAGUUGCAAGACGAGUCGGAGAGUUUGGGCUUUGAGUUUAAUGAAGAAAAUGGCCAUGCUGUAGUUGUAGUUGGUUCUCAACAGCCAAAACCAAAUACCUUUCGUCCCAAAGAAAUUGCCGCUCUUUUCUUCAAAACACUGAUGAACCAGAUAAAAAUGGAAAUGCCUGAUCUUGUAAGACCUAAUAUGUUUGUUGGUGUUCCCGUAAAGAUGACUGCGGAAGCUGUUCAAGAUUUGACCGAGGCUGCCAAGUUGGGUGGUUUUGAAACUGUUGAUGUCAUCACUGAGCCAAUAGCAACAGUUCUCUAUUAUUUGGAUGCAAACAGAGAAUCAGCAGCAAAGAAUUUUAUAGUAAUUGACAUUGGUGCUGGUACCACUGACAUUUCAUGUAUUCAGAAAAAUGCAGAUGGAUAUUAUGAGUCGGUUUACUCUGAUGGAAAUAACGACCUUGGUGGGAACAAUUUCGAUGCAAUUAUAGCUGAAAUGAUCACAGAAAAAGUUCGUGAAAUUGAUCCUUAUUUUUAUAUAAUAAGGCCCAGUGAUUUGGUUUCAGAGCGCUUGAACAAAAGGAGCCGCCUCAAUAUCCUCAAAAAAGUUUCUGAAGAUACAAAAAUUGCGUUUUCCACAAAACCCCAAGUCGAAAUUGAAUUUAAAAAUUUAUUGACAGAAAAUGAUAUGAAAAACACUGUUUUGUUACAUGAACUCAAUAUCAAUGAUACAUUUAAUUUACAAAGAAGUGAAUUUAUUAACAAAGCACAAGACCUUUUUGAUGACAUUAAAGAUACAAUUUAUGGAAUAUUAAAACAUGCAACAGUACAACUCAAAAAAUUUGGAAAAAUAAUUUUAGUUGGUGGAGGUGCGCGUAUUCCAGGUGUUAAAGAAGCUGUAACAAAGGCGAUGACUAGAGUAAACAAAAAUGGCAAUUGUAAAAUUGAAACGGAAGAUAAAAUGACAACAGUUUUUGAAGGUUGUGCGAUACAUGCAUCAAAAAAUUUGGGUACAAAUGUUUUCAGUAACAUCAUUCAGAGAUCGUCUUAUGCAGUUGGACUCAGUGUAAGUGGUGUUUUUGAAACUUUUGUGCCAAGGGAAGUCGUAUUGCCUGUUCACUUUGAGAAAACGUAUGAAUGUGAAAAAGGAGAGAAAGAAAUUGUUUUGAGGUUUUAUAAGACCGAAAUUGAACUAAAAAAGAAUGUUGAAUACAGAACAAAUUGUAUGGGAUUCAAACAUUUAGCAGACGUUAAAAUACCACCUGGCGACUCUGUAAAAAUAGAAGUGGAUGUCGAUUUAAUUGGAAACACUGCAAUCAAAGCAACUCUAAGAAAUGGCCAAGUGUUGAAAGGUGGUAUGCUUGUUGAUACUUCAUCACUCAACAAAGAACUGCUUGCAUUGAAAAAGCAUAUCGAAAACACAAUAAAUUUUAAUUGA